AAGAAACCACUACAUAAAACACAACCUGUGACAUAUUGCUUUGAUUCGCUUUUGGCCGCGUUUGUGCCACUAACUUGUGCAAACCAUGUCAGACCGCGAAGGACACUCGGGAGCUGGACCGUCGGAUGAAGAUCUCUCGCUGCCGAAGGCAACGGUCGCAAAGAUGAUCAGUGAACUACUACCAGCUGAAGUCACAUGUGCGAAGGAGACGCGAGAUCUAGUCAUAGAGUGUUGUGUAGAAUUUAUUCACUUGAUCUCGUCGGAGGCCAACGAGAUAUGUGAGCAAGAAUCCAAGAAAACAAUAGCACCGGAGCAUAUCAUCGCGGCACUGAAACGGCUAGGCUUCGAUUCCUUUACAACUGAAGUUGAAGAUGUCUUGAAAGAUCACAAGCAGCAACAAAAGGACCGGGAGAAGAAGGCAGACAAGAUAAAAGAUUCGGGUUUAACGCCAGAGGAACUUAUGGCAAAGCAAGAAGAGCUUUUUGCUGCAAGUCGUGCAAGAUUCGCUCAACCGCAGGGGCAGCAACAGCCAUCUGCUGAAACUUAGGUAUUGAAGCCGAUAGCGGACACUCAUGGUACCUGCAAUUCGUAUUAUUGUUGUAUCGGACGCUGUACAUCAGUACUUCUAAUGAUUUUUAUUUUAUAUCUC